UGUAUAUAUUUCUUUUAUAUAUACAACAAACCUCACAAACACGGUGACACGCAAACUCAAAAGUCUAUAUGUUGUUUAACUCGGUUUUUAAUCUUUUGUGGGUCUCUCUUCACCUUUUUUAUUUGUGGCCAUAAUUAUACUCCACUCCUUCUUCCUCAAUUAAUCUCUCUCUCUCUCUCAAUGAAAAAAAUUAGAUACACCAAAACAUGACAAACAAAGGAACAACCUUAAAGACUGAGUGUUGCAUGUGUGGUGAUCUUGGUUUCUCUGAUCAGCUUUUUCUUUGCAAAAUCUGCCAAUUCAGAUCUCAACACAGGUACUGUAGUAAUCUAUAUCCAAGAACAGAUUUUUCUGGAACAUGUAACUGGUGUUUGAGUCAAGAGGAUUCACCAAACUCAUCAAAUUCUUCAUCCUCUUAUAAGAAUAAUGGAAGCACAGAAGAUGAAGGAAAGAACAAGAAAAUAAAAAAUUGUAUUAUGAAAAAAGGAUUAAUUAAAGAAAGUGGCGGUGGUGGAGGUGGUGGUUGUGGUGGUUAUCAUCUUCAACUUCCAAAACCUAUGAAGAAACCAAAAUCACCCUCAGAAGCAAAAUCACCAUUAUCAUCGACAUCUCCACCGGUUAUAGUUUCGACUCGAAAGAGAAUCAUUACAAAUGGUGCUUUGGAAGAGAAACUGAGGAGGACAAGAUCAGAAGGUGUUAUAAAAAGUAGUAAUAGUGUUGGUGCUACCAAACAUGUUUUCAGGAAUAAGGUGAGAAGGUAUAAGCUUUUGGAGGAAGUUUCAAGUUAAAAUAAUAAAUUAAAAAAUUAUUAGAGGAAAGGGUUUUGUGAGAGAGAAAAAGAAAAGGGUUGUCUUUUUUUUAUUCAAUGUAUAUUAUGUUUUUGAAGUUUUGUCUUAAUACAAUGUACAGAAAAAAUGUGAAUGAAUGAAGGAGUUAAGAAUGUUUGGAUUCACAA